AUGAACUCAGAUACUUAGAAUAAUUUGAUUUUGUUAAAGUCAAUGAUAUAGAAGUAUGGAACCAAAAAUUAUGAAGUUAAGUAAUUGGAUUAAAUCCUUUCGAAACUUUUUAAAGCUAAUAUUCUCGUCUAAAUUACUUAAGAUAAUAGAAUCAUUUACUCAUAGGAUGGAGUCAUUCUAAGAAUGUAAAUGAUCAAUUAUAAUUAUGCAAGUGAAUAAAUUUAAGAUACUUCUAAGGAUUUUGAACUUUUGACUAAUAAGGAAUAAAUCAAUUAUCUAUAUUGGCAAGGGGAAUACGACCAAAAUUAGCAGAAAGGUGGUAAAUGGACAGUUAUUUGGAAGGGAGAAGUUCUUAGUUAAGUUGGUGGGUACUAUAGGUAUGGAUUAAAGUAAGGUUAGUGGUGUGAAUUAAUUAUGAAUUAUUGGAGGUAUAUAUUAAAUAAGAAAUAGAAAUAAUCGAUAUCAAAUAUAUGAAAUAGGAGAAUACUAUAAUGAUAAAAAAUAUGGGAAAUGGAUAUAUUUCCAUGAUAAUUAAAAGAUGUAUAUUAUUUCUCUAUUAUUAAGUUCUGGUGGAUGGUAUAAUGAGAAUGGAUAGAAGAAUGGUAAAUGGAAUGAAUUAAGUGAUGGUUUUAUGAAUGAAUCAUAAGUUAUUUAUAUAGGUGAAUAUAAAAAUGGUAAAAAAAUUGGUAUAUGGAAUAUUUUAUAUAGGUGGAAUAAAAACCAACCAUUCAAAAAAAUGUAAAAUUAUUAUAAAAAGUUAAUUUUUAGUGGUGAAGGAAUAUAUGAUUAAAUAGGCUAAAUUAAGAUUGGAAGAUGGAUUGAAUCGAGUGAUGAUUUAUUUAAUAGAUCCUAAGUCCUUUAUUUUGGUUAAUAUAAAGUUGGUUAAAAAGUAGGAAAAUGGGAUAUUUAUUACGCUAGUGAAUAGAUGUAAAAUAUUAUUCCAAAUUAUUAAAUUCAUAGUGGUGGCGGAUUAUAUGAUGAAGAAAAUUAUGGGAAUAAGAUUGAGAUAUGGAUUGAAUUGAGAGACGGGUUUUGGUGGGAUUCAAAAGUCAUUUAUUGUGGUCAAUAUAAGAAUGAUAAAAAAGUUGGUCGAUGGGACGUUUUGUUUAAAAGGACUGAUUCAUUUUCAAAAUAUGAAUAAUUGUAAUGAUUAGAAUGAUAUAAACUUUAGGGGUGGAGGAUAAUACGAUGAAAAAGGCUCAUUUAAAUUUGGGAGUUGGACUGAAUUGAGCGAUGGGUUUAGCAUUAAUUCUAAAGUAAUUUAUAAAGGAGAAUAUAAAAAUGAUAAAAAAGUUGGUAGAUGGGAUAUAUAUUAUCAAGAGACCAAUUAUGAUCAAUUUAAACAGACGUAGAAAAUAUUAUUCAUAUUUUAAGCGGUGGAGGCUCAUAUGAUGAGAGAGGGGAAGGUUUUAAAAUUGGAUAAUGGAUUGAGAUAAGUGAUGGAUUUGAAAAUGAUUCAAAAUUAACCUAUAAGGGUGAUUAUAAAAAUGGUAGAAAAGUAGGUAGAUGGGACAGUUUUUGGAAUUGGUUAGGCAAUAAAAAGAUGUAAUAUUAUGAUGCAAAAAUGCAUUAGUGCUGAAGGAUACUAUGAUGAAAAAGAUUCAAUUAAGGUUGGAAAAUGGAUUGAGCUAAUAGAUGGGUUUAGUUUAUUAGUAAGUCGUAUAUAACGGUGAAUAU